GCCCGCUGUCUCCCUUCUCUCUCGUCUUCUUCUCUCCUCUCUCUCUCUACCGCCCUCUUUCCCUUCAACGGAAAUUCAAGUUCCUUUUUUUCUUUCUUCAAUCAAAUUUGUUGUAACUGACUUCCUCGGAUUGGGACAUUGAAUUCCAGGGAAUUCCUGUGAGAUGUCUUCAAGAAUUGCCCAAAUUCGUCUUGUGAGUUCACAUUCUGAGGUUUAUGAACCCUGUGAUGAUUCAUUUGCGUUAGUUGAUGCACUUUUAGCUGAUAGAAAAAACUUGUUGGAGCAUAAACCCACCUUGUGUAUGGAAGUGGGUUGUGGGAGUGGUUAUGUUAUCACUUCUUUAAUGCUCAUGCUUGGGGAGGAAGCUAAUGGGGCUCAGUUUAUUGCCACUGAUAUCAAUCACCACGCUGUUAGAGUGACUCAGGAGACUAUGGAAGCACAUAGGGUUCAUGCUGAGUUGAUAAAUACUGACAUUGCAUCAGGGCUGGAGAACCGUCUGGCUGGUUUGGUUGAUUUAUUGGUUGUUAACCCACCUUAUGUACCAACGCCUGAAGAGGAAGUGGGUCGUGAAGGAAUUGCCUCUGCUUGGGCAGGAGGAGAGAAUGGUCGAAGUGUUAUUGAUAGGAUAUUGCUUGUUGCUCUUAAGCUUUUGUCGAAGCGGGGUUGGUUGUACAUGGUUACUCUUACAGCCAAUAAUCCUUCACAGAUAUGCCGUCAGAUGAGGAAGAAAGGUUAUGAUUCUAGAAUUAUUGUCCAAAGAUCAACAGAGGAAGAGAGUUUACAUAUCAUCAAGUUCUGGAAGGAUUUCGAUAUAGAGGUGGAUGCAAAGGAUGUGGUACUAAACAGCAAUGCAGCUCCCGCAGGUGUCAUGGAUUCUGUACUUUCACAGUUGCACCGAUUGUCAUUUUGGAGAAGUAGUGACGUUAAUAGCAGCAGAUCAGGAAAAUGAAGGAAGUUUUAAUGCUGUUGUCUGGCCAUAUAACUCUUCUGGUAACUAGGUCGCGUUAUGUUUCAGGGUUAAUCUUGCUUGAGUGUUCUCCCUUUCAGGUGUUAAAUGCUCUUUUUCAUUUGGCCUUUCGUUUGGCCUACUUUUAAAUGGCUGAUCUUUGUUCUCAUCUUUUGAACUUAACCAUACAGAGGGCUAAACUGAACAAUUGGGAGCAAGCUCAAGUUUUGUGUUUGCCAAAAUAUCUGUCUUAAGACCACUAAUAUCAUGAAUAUCAGUUCAUCUCUACACGACUAAUUUGUAAGAAUUAUUUUGCUUCAAAGUUUAGUUUGCUGUUAGGUUUACGUGUUUAACCUUUGUCUACUCAUCCAAAGUGGCAAUGCAGCAUAGCUUAAAUGUUUGCAUCUGAUAUGGGGAGAAGCUUAAACACAUAUGAGCACAUCUUAAGCACUGGUACAAUAGAAUUGGAUCUUGACAAGCAUGAACUUUUUUACCUGGUUGAAGACUGUUUAAGAGUGGAAUCAACACUAUCAUAAGUGACUUCGUCAUUACGAAAGAUUAUGAAUGCAAGGUAUGGCUCCAUAUUCAAAAUCCACAUACUAGACUGUCCUAACGGAGAGUUAGCAUGUCAAAUUGAGGAAGAUUGUUCUCUCUACUUGUAAAUAUGCAUUACUUGCAAGAGAAUAUACUUGUAAGGAAAGCAGAAUGAACAAGAACUGGUAUACAACUCUGCUUCUUUGAAGCAAAGAAGACAUUUGGGUUGGGUUCUGGGAGUAGAGUCGAAAGGUUUCACCCAUGCAAGGCCAACCUAAGCUGCUGUAGUCUUGAGGGAGGAGUAAUUCCCGGCUAGCGAAUGAACAUGUAUUAAUGAUUAGCAUUUACCAUCAAUUCAAAUAAUCUUUAUCAUCCGCAGCUUUAAUUCAGAUUCUGGGUUUAAUUUUUUUUUUAAUUGAUAGUGAGAUGUAAACUUAUGAAACAA